AUGAAGGGAAUCGUCAUAAUUCUUCUAGUGGCCCUUGUGGCUGCCGAGAAGUUCCCAGCCCGAAACCAGAAGCCCCAAGCAAAAACCCAGAAUCCUGAACCUGAACCAGAAUUUCCUGCUGGAAAAACAUUGAUAUACAAUUACAGCGUCACGUUUGAAAGUGGAGUUGAAGACCAAGGUUAUGGAAAGGCCCUUCUAAGGCUAGCAACUGAUGCAGUGAUCACACCAGGUCCAUCAGAGCAUAUGAUUCAGUUUAGGAAUAUGAGAUUACAAGAUGCUGUUGGAUACCACCCAAAAAGUUCCUUGUCAGACCCACGAAGGGAAUUUAAACAGCUCCUUGACUGUCAGAAGUUUAUAGUCUAUGUCACCUACAAUGGGAGAUUUGGCUCCAUCCGUAUAUCAAAGAAUGCAGAUCCACUUUGCAGGAAUGUUUACAAAGGCUUCAUGUACUUGUUCGUUUACACAGCACGGUACCAGAGAGAGUUUGAAGUACUGGAGGAAGGACUUGAAGGCGAGUGCAACACCAGAUAUGUUUUCUAUGAGGAGAAAAAGAAUGACGGCUACAUGAUUCACAAAUUCAGGGACCUGAACAACUGCAAACAAAAGGUUAUGCUGAAUGUUGGAAUCCCCUACCUCCAGCUUUUCAAGCCUCUCAACUGCUUACAAAGGGAGAAAUUUGUUCAAGGCGCGUCUGCCAUAGUCACCAAAGUGAAGCGUGACGGUAACGGAGAUCUGAUCACUCAAGCCAAGGCUGAACAAAUAUAUGACUUUCCUCUAGACGGAGAAGGUAGUACUGGAUAUAUGAAAGCUGAGCAAUUGUUGUUCUUGAGAGAACAGCAGCAGCAGCAGCAACAAGGAGAGCUUGAAGCAACCACUAUUCGUUAUGAGAUUUCCAAAACUCUGUUUUUGCCUGUGUUGGAUAAUCUCAACAGAGAUCCUGUACAACAGGCUGAGGAACUCUUGCAAGACUCAGUGCGUUGGCAAUUCCAGGAUAAAAUAGUUUCCACCAAGAUUAUAGUGUUGGUCCGACUCAUACAACGUGUAUCAUAUAACGAUCUGAAUACUCUCUACAAUAAGUUUUCAAGACUUCCUGUUGCUAGAAGAGUCCUAUUGAUUUCAUGUGGCCAUGUGGGUAAUUUGAUCACAGUGAAGUUCAUCAAGGACAAAGUAGUCAGUGGAGAACUGACAUAUUAUGAUAUGAUUUGGCUUCUUCCCACAACCUUCCAUUUUGCCAACACUGAUAUUAACAGAAUGGAGGAAACUGCUAGAGUGACAGCAGAAAUACUUGCCAAAAUCCCCGACAAAACAUCUAUCCUUGGAAAAAUGGCUUAUCUGGCAUAUGGGAGUAUGGUGAACAAGCAAUGUUCCACUUCUCGAACUUGUCAUCCUAAAUUGCUUGAGCCUCUCCACAACCUCCUAGUUGAGGCAAUUCGGGAAAAAGAAGAAAACAAGAUUGUAUUAGCUCUGAAAGCUAUUGCCAAUGCAGGUCAGAUCAUCAGCCUGAAACAAGUGAAACUUCUGUGUGAGUCUCCUAAAUAUCCUGAACGCAUCCAGGUCACUGCAGUUCAGACCCUGGGGCAAAUCAGCCAGCAGGAUCCUACAAAGGUUCAAGGUUUUCUUCUUCAGAUCUUUAUGGAUGUUUCACGUUGUGAGGCUGUCCGAAUAAUGGCUUCCAUUGUCCUCCUAGACAGUGCUCCUCCUCUGCCUAUAGUAAUAGCCAUGGCCCACGCAAUGCUCUAUGAGGAGAAUGUGCAUAUUGUCAGUUUUGUCUACUCUCACUUCAAGUCCAUAACAAAGAUCUUGGACCCCAUGCAUUACACCUUGGCUUCUUAUUGCUCUACGGCUCUCAGAAUUCUGAGCCCCAGAUUUGAUGAACUGACCUCUCCUUUCAACAAGGCUCUGUAUUUCAUCUUUUACAACUCUUUACUAAACAACGGAGUUACCUUGAAAUUCUUCAUGUCUGGUGACAAUAGAUAUCCUUCAACUAUCAUCUGGAAAGCAGAUGCAACAUUUUUCCAUACCUCUGCUGAACUACUAGAGAUUGCAUUGCAAGUUCAAGGUAUGGAUAAACUGUUUGAGCAAUCAGUUAGCCAGUCUGAACAACACUCUACCAAGCAGAAGAUCAAAGAUACCCAAGAAAAGUUCCCAUCAUACCAAGAAGUACCUGAUAAAGAGCUCUCAUUGGGUUUGUCAGUCAAAAUUCUAGGAAACCACAUUAUGUAUCUCGACUUUUCAGAAAUGUAUCAACAUUUGAAGGUGGAAGAGUAUAGACCAGCUGUGAUCAAAGUGUGGAUGAAAUGUAUUGAAAUGUUUUUCAAAUUUGUCAACGUUGAAAUGAACCAUCACUUUGUUCUAGAUAUGGGGCAGGUUCUUCCUACAGCUCCUGGUUUACCAUUCCAAAUAAAUCUUAAUGGUUUAUUGGGAGCAAAUGUAAUCUGGAAAGGUAAGGAUGGAAAUCACCACAAUUCAAAAUAGCAUGGGUAAAUCAU